GGCCGCUGCAUACAGUCAAUUAGGUGAACAUGACAAGGCCAUAGAAGAUGCUAUGAAAUCUUCACAAUUAGACCCUUCUUACAGUAAAGCAUAUAGCAGACUUGGACAUGCUUAUUUCUCUGUCGGAAAAUACCGAGAAGCAGCUGAUGCAUAUGAGAAAGGCCUUUCACUUGACCCAAAUAAUUCUACUAUGAAAACGUCUCUUGCCACCGCUCAACAAAAAGCUAAUGAACUAUCCAAUCAAGGAUCGUCGCGAAGUUCUUCCACGCCAGGUGGUGGCGCCGGGCUUGGAGCAUUCAAUAACAUCAUGAAUAAUCCUAAUAUUGCUGAGAUGGCACAAAAUAUGAUGAGAGAAGGUCAGACACCAAAUAUCAAUGAGCUAAUGAAUAAUCCUGAAAUAAUGAAUAUGGCUCGUCAAUUUGUCAAUAAUCAAAACGGAGGGGAUGACACUGAAGCUCCCAGUGGCGAUACACAAUAA